AUGCCAUUCAUUCAUGCUCACCAGUCAUCAGACGGAGGGUCGACAAACUGGACGAGCCGACCGGUGCAAACUUCGGGCCCUCCUCGGAGAGACUUGAACAAGUUCGCGACCGGUGGUAGACAGGCGAGCCAAGCGACGGGGCAAGUCAAGCGUAAUUUCGUCCCAUUUGUCGGCAGCUACUCGCCGAAUUUAAGCGCCAAAGUCGGAUCGACUGUCCGUCGACCUGUGCCGACUGUGGCGCAGAUUUUGAUACCCUCUGGCGGGCAUGAUAAUCCAGAUGCUCUGACAGGCUCUGACCUUUGGGCUGUGGCAGGUCAUGGGUCUUUGUGCGGUCGGCGGUCCACAGACUUCCACAGGUUCUAA